AUGGCUUCGACAUACGCCGUACCUCCCGCAGCCUUCCACGAUGGACAAGCUAGUGAUCAUCACAACCCCUCCCCGCCAAGCAGUGGUCAACAACGACUGGCUGCCACUUCGUUUGACCCGAACCAUCUCUCGCCUUCGUCCCAGUUGCAGAGCAGCUCCGUCUCACCUAACUACAACGAUACCCCAGCCGAGUCAAUCUCCAACUUCAGUCAGUAUCAUUCGAGCGACUACAGUGAUAUGGAUGACGGACUGGAUCCUUUCUUUGGCGUCGACUUCAGCAAUACUGAGGCCGGCACGCCCUCUUUCUUGGACUCGGAUCACAGAACCGACAGCUUUGGCCAGGCCACAAUUGCCCAGGCGCGAAGCAAAAUUCUGGAUGCCAAUACAUAUCCAUUGACCCCUGAACAAACGGCCUCGCUGCACACAACUUCACCGCGCAGCGAUAUGAGAACAAUCGCCAAGUCUGUGCCUGAGCGACUGCCUCUUUCCAUCUCACCUCAGGAGCUACAAAGGCCGUUCCAACCCCCGCAGAUUUCUACUUUCGCCGUACAAUCCACCUCUCAAUUGACGCCAGAUCUCAGUGGAAGUGGCCGUUCCAGCGAGGACAGUGCAGUGCCAUCUCCCCCCAUGAACACUGCUUCGAGCCCUCGAGUGACUGUCUCCAUGUGGGGAAAAGACGCUGCAGAGCCUGUACAGUCGAUUGAGCGCACGUUCACUCCAGAUGACGAGAACUCAUCUACAGCACCUGGCGGAGUCAGCUCCGCCGGUGACUUGAUCUCUUCUCAGGGGCCAGUCGCUGACACCACCAACCCACGGCGUUCGUCGUUUAGCCGCCGGGGAUUGGAUCCGACGAGUAGACCGUCUACCGAGGUUGCCAGCGUAAAUGAGAUGGUGACUCGCCGCGAGAUCGAAGAAAAGAACCAGGAAGUUGAUCAGUGGCUGUCUCGUAGCUUACACAACGACCCAGCCGCAGCAUCUUCUCAGGCAGAGAACAGACUGCUUGCAAGCCCCGAUGCCAUGGCCGGGGAAGAUGGCAUCCAUCUUGGCGAUCGAACUGAAAAUCGGCAUCAACCUGGGCAAACUUACUUCACAGCUCGCGGCGGUGAAAUGACGGCUACGGACUUCCAUAUCAUGAACUCGAACCGCGUCUGGGCUGAUUCACCCGUGGUUCACCCUAUCAGUGGCCCAGGCACGAACAGGUACCAGCCCGAAUCUUCACAAGCUGCGAUUGCUCAGUUCAACAGAAUGUGCAUGGAUAACGAAUCCAUCAUUUCCAAAGCGGCUACAUGGGGCACGCGAAGACGCAGUUUGCCCAGCGUCAUCGACAUGGACACCGAGAAUGUCACCAGUGGAAACUUGUUGAAAAAGUUGUCCAUCAGCAGAGGCGAGGGCGGUCGGAGGCCAAGCAUCCUUAAGGAUUUGCGCGGCUUGGUUCGCCGGCCGAGUGCCAGCCAAUUGCUGAAACGGUCUAGGAGCACCCACGGCGAUAAUGUCGUCAAGUCGGAGGCUCCCCCCCCUAUGGAGAAACGCGAGAGUUUGCCUCAUCUUCUACCUACUGCCCGUACUAGUAGUUGGGGUUCCAAGAAGACACCUACACCUAGUAUCAACACCGCCCUCAUUUCCAUGGGCAGCAGUGUGGCUUCCAUUGGUACAACGCACGCGCGGAAUGGCUCAAUCGGUGGUGGUACACCUAUCACAUCCCCCAAGAGUCCCUCUGGAAGCCUUGGGGUCAAAACCACACUCCGACGGCCAAGAAGCAAGUCGGAUCUACCAAAGGCUAGCGGAACAGAGACACACUCAAACAUUGUUGGCAUGUGGAGGAAAACCGGCGGCCCACCCGUGGCUGUCCUGGCAAAGGGUAACUCGACAAACGUUGAGCAGGAUGACGAUGACGACGACGAGGAUGACCUUUACGAGGAUGGUGACAUGAAUGCUGAAUCCAGCAAGUUGAUCCAGGAUGUCUCGCCGAACUUUGCAGGCUUUCAACAGCAUGUUCUUCGCCUUAACCCAGACCUGGCAAGCAACAAUACCUACCUUGUUGACCGGAUCGCACAUCAGCAGGUUAUCCGCUACAAGAGCCUGCUCAAUGCCAAAGUGAAGCACCUUGGACUGGGUCAAGCCUGCGAGUGCAAAUCGCUCUGUCUGGCUCGUGGCGGUCGUCCAGUUCUGCUUGACCAGAGAGGCGAUUUGCGAGACAUCGACCCUUUGUCAACCGGGCCUGACUCUGGAGACGGGGACUCACCUCCCAUGGAGGGUGUCAUUACGAAGGACAGCUUCCCACAGGAUAUACCUAUGCCGCCUACGCAAUCUCUCCCGGCGGAAUUUGAGUGUCAGCUAUGUUUCACGCUGAAGAAGCCCAAGAAACCCUCUGACUGGACGAAGCACGUCCACGAGGAUGUACAGCCUUUCACUUGCACUUGGGAUAGAUGUCGUGACCCCAAGAUCUUCAAACGCAAAGCAGACUGGGUACGCCACGAGAAUGAGGGCCAUCGCCAUCUAGAAUGGUGGACCUGCGACGUUGAGGACUGCCGACACACGUGCUACCGCCGAGACAAUUUCUUACAGCAUCUCGUGCGCGAACACAAGUUUGUCGAACCAAAGAACAAGACCAAGGCCGCCAUCAAACGAGCUGGUGGCUUCGAUCCUACAUGGCAAAAGGUAGAGCAGUGUCGUCACGAAACGACCAAGAGGCCGCAGGAGGAGCCUUGUCGGUUCUGUGGCAAGCAAUCCCCAACGUGGAAGAAGUUGACAGUCCACUUGGCCAAGCACAUGGAGCACAUCAGUCUGCCUAUUCUAAGUCUAGUCGCGGCCAAGGAGCUGGAGCCAGACACCAUCAUCAGUCCUGUGCAAGAUCCUCCGCCCAGGGCUUCUUUCAAUGCGCCGACCCCCCUAGAUGAGUCGGUUGUCGAGAGUGAAACCUCCCAUCAAAACUAUGGGAAUCAGUCGUCAUACCAGCCUCACACCAUGAUGACAAACAGCAAUGGGUUAUAUCAGAACGUGGACUCUCUCGGGUACUCGGGUGUCACGGGCAACUCUCAGUUUCAAGACUACAUGUACUCUUCCCAAUACCCAAACACCGGUCAGCCGAUUGCGCAGAACAUGAUGGGCAUGCAGCCGGCCAACCGAGCAACCCAGGGCUUCAACCCCCAAUACCAUGGCACAAACAAUGUGGCCGCGCCUGCUGCCUCAUACAUGGGAACGCAUCAACAAUACAUGUCGUUGGCGCAAGAGACCGAGCCCUUCCCUGCACUCGAUCACAACGCCUUGGGACUACACCAGCCUGGGCAGCUUGGUGUAGGUAUGAUCUACGAUGGACUCAUGGGGCAGAGCAACAUCGACGAGAGACAGUACAAUUCUCAGGGAUCAAUCUCACCAUACUCACACUCACCUCUCCAAGGCGGUUCAGGGUUCUAUCCCCCUCAGUAA